GGGGCGACCCCUAUUUUAUUGUGAUAUUUCAUUGUUGUAUUGUAGUUUCCGCCUGAAAAGUGUUGUCUUCUUUUUAACUUACCAAAAUCAAAACCACUCGAAGCUCAUCUCUCUCCUCUCCUCUCCUCAACAAUGGCGGCCUCUUUCUCCAUUUCAAGGCUCUCUCUUUCCUUCUCCUCUUCUUCUUCUUUUGCUACUACUUCUCUCUUUCCCUCCGCCAGACCCACCGCCCUCUCUUUCUCUUCCCUUCCCUUCAAUUCCCUCCGCCGCAUCUCCCCCAAACCCCUCCGAUUUUCCUCCUUUCCCACCUCCAAAUCCACCAUCUCCGCCACCAUUUCCGUCGGCGACAAGCUUCCCGACUCCACAUUUUCCUACUUAGACCCCGCCGGCGAGCUCCAAACCACCACUGUUUCCGACCUCACCAAGGGAAAGAAAGCCGUCUUCUUCGCUGUACCUGGUGCUUUCACCCCCACUUGCUCUCAGAAGCACCUUCCCGGUUUCGUCGAGAAAUCGGCUGAGCUUAAGGCCAAAGGAGUUGAUACUAUCGCUUGUAUUUCAGUCAAUGAUGCCUUUGUGAUGAAGGCGUGGAAGGAUAACCUUAAUAUCAAGGAUGAGGUUCUGUUGCUGUCUGAUGGGAAUGGGGAUUUCACUAGGGCUAUUGGGUGCGAGCUGGAUUUGAGCGACAAGCCUGUUGGACUGGGUGUUAGGUCGAGACGUUAUGCGCUUCUUGCUGAGGAUGGAGUUGUGAAGAUCUUGAAUUUGGAGGAAGGAGGUGCGUUUACCUUCAGUAGUGCCGAGGACAUCCUCAAAGCUCUUUGAAUGAGAUGAGAUAAGAAUAAGAUAAGGAGGUUCCUUUCGUUUUUCUGUUGGUCUCUAUCAUUUUCCUUCUUGUUUGUUUGUUGGCUCACUAAUAGGGUAGCAGUUUCAGUUUUGGCGAAUAAAUGAGAUCCAAUACAUAUUUUAGAAUAAAUUUCUGAGUUCGUUCA